AUGGCGGGCUUUCGUGACGAUUUUCAAUCGAUCAAGGCUCAAGAGCGCUUUACAGAUGUAGCUUUACACGUGAUUGGUGAGAGCAACGGUAGAGAUGAGCUCGAGCUCACGCUUCAGGACGACUACAACGACCCUCGGAUCCUCAACAGCUACGAUCGCGCACUUCUCGAUGAUUUGGUGAAUGUCUGCAUUGGUCGAUCCAACGAAGUCUCGAAAGCGAAAGAGAUUGCUACGCAGAGUCGAGUCUCACCCGCCAUAGCGAGUGGACCGCCUAGCCGCGGGAAGGUCCGGGCUAUAAACACAUAUUCCGACAACAUGGAGUGGCUCUACAGCCGCCUUGUCGAUUAUCAGGCUAGCUUCAGGAAUUUGGGGGAUCGAAUGAUAUUCCGCGACGACGUUCCUUGGAGCCAGCAAACGAGGGACCUCUUCAUUUAUGGACUACAAGUGAACAACGAAUGCGUCGCUGAGGCGAGUGACGAAGCAAGUAGGGCAUUGCAGCAGGCCACGGAACAGGCAGCAAGACCUGGUCAGAACCCUCGCAAAACAAGGUUUUGGACUAACCACCAAGAUGUUGAAAUGAUCAGUACGGCAAUCAAGUCAGGCUUGCAAUCAGGACCAUUAGAGUUGCAGCCAGAGCAGCCAUCUGAGAUCCCGCCUGGAAAUUGGCUGUCGGCGGCAUCUCUUGGCGGUGGCAUGGCACAGGUAGCAUUAUUCGUUGACGUCGACCACACUGGGUGCAUCAGAAAUCGAGUUGUGAGGAAAGAUACUCAUAUUGAUGGUGGCGACUGGGCCGACAUUACACGCUGGUACGGCAAUAUGAAUACCACCAACCUCAACGAGCGGUGGCCGAUGGAGUAUUAUUGUCAGAGGCUCAUGGCGCAGAUCUCCAGUACACAUGUGGUCAUGCCACUGAAGUGCGAGGUUGAUGCGCAAAGAUCUGUAUUCAGGAUCUACCUGCCUUACUGUCCGUAUGGCGACCUCAGCAAGCUUAUCGAGCACUAUCAGAUGAUGAGCAUGCAGAUUCCUGAGGCGUUCGUAUGGCGGGUGUUCAAGGUGUUAUGCGAGAGUGGAGAGAUCAUGGAGAAGGGGUGGCUCCCGCCAAGCGGUGUCGACCAAGCCGCACAUCAAGGCUGGCGGCAGAUCGUUCAUCGCGACCUCAAGACUAACAACGUCUUUCUUGACGCCGCCCCCCAGUCCAAGAUCAACGGUAACCCGCAAGUCAAAUUGGCGGACUUUGGUUUGGCAAUCCUUACUAACGCUGAUGAUCCUCUUAACCCAAGAUUGUAUAAUCGUGGCGCUGGCACAGAGGGCUUUCUGGCGCCAGAGCAGAGAGACUAUGUGGACCGUGAAACACGCCAACCCGUAGACAACUUCCAGCUUCUCGCGCACACCAAUGUCUGGGGUAUCGGCGCAAUAGUGUGGUGCUUGGCUAAUCUCCACGACCUCGGCGCUCAAGACCAGCCCAGCUAUCUGCCAACUCAAGCAGGGGAUGACGGGCGCCCGCGAUACACAAUAGAACCUCCAGGAGAGGGAGACGAGGCAUCCCACCUCUCACCAGCCUUGCGCGAUAUGAUCAAUGCGUGCUUAAGAUUCGAUCCCUCGCUCCGACCAACCUUCUCGCAACUUAGGUCCAGAAUUGAUACUUGGAUCCUGGAAAAUUGUGCUGACGGUGCGGCUGGACAACAUCUCUUCGCAGCAUCGAACGGCUUACUGUCUACAUUCGAUACCGCCGCUCCACAGCACACGCUCUGGCAGGUGCAAGACCAGGACUACAGGAUUGGGUUUGCUCUUGAUCGGGAGCGACAGACUUAUGAGCAGCGACAGUCGGGAUAUAUUGGGCCAGAAGCGCAGUUCGGCGGUGCGUCGCAAAACGAUCAGUACAGCGCGUAG